GAGAGAUCAGAGUCCGAUUUGAAAGCACUGAAAAGGGACCAGUGAUUGUCUAUAUUUUUUUGAUCCAAUUCUGUAUUAUGAGUACCGAUAUAGACAGUCACAUUACCAAGAAAUAUGAAAUUAAGAAACGACUGGGAAAAGGAGCAUAUGGAAUCGUCUGGAAAGCUGUAGAUCGCAAAACUGGCGAAGUUGUCGCCGUUAAGAAGAUUUUUGAUGCAUUUAGGAAUCAAACAGACGCACAGAGAACUUUUCGAGAAAUCUGUUUCCUUCAGGAAUUUGGCGACCACGAAAAUGUAGUCAAACUUAUGAAUGUCAUCAAAGCUGAUAAUGACAAAGACAUUUAUCUGGUUUUUGAAUAUAUGGACACUGAUUUACAUAAUGUGAUAAAGAAAGGAAACAUACUUAAAGAUAUCCACAAGCGAUAUAUAAUGUAUCAGCUUCUCAAAGCAAUUAAAUUUCUUCAUUCUGGGAAUGUUAUUCAUAGAGAUAUGAAGCCAAGUAAUCUACUUCUAGAUGCUGAAUGUUUUGUUAAGAUUUGUGAUUUUGGACUAGCACGUUCUGUUACAAAUGUAACUCAAGAACAAGGAGAUCCCAGUUUGACUGACUAUGUUGCAACCAGAUGGUAUCGCGCACCUGAAAUACUCUUAGCUUCUACUAGAUAUACUAAAGGAGUAGACAUGUGGUCAAUAGGAUGCAUUUUAGGAGAAUUAUUGCUUGGAAAACCAUUAUUCCCUGGAAGUUCUACCUUAAACCAGAUCGAGAGGAUUAUGGCAUCAAUUUCACCCCCAACAAGACAAGAUGUGGAUAGUAUCAAGUCCCAUUACAGUUCUUCUAUCUUAGACCGAAUGRCUUGUAAGCCAAAGAAGAGUUUAGAAGACUUGCUUCCAACAACUCCUCCAGAUGCAAUCGAUCUUCUUAAACGUUUGUUACAUUUCAAUCCAGACAAACGAUUGACAGCAGAACAAGCUCUGUCUCAUCCUUAUGUAGCUAAAUUUCAUAACCCAGAUGAGGAACCAUCACUUGAUUAUGACAUUGUUCCCCCAUUGGAUGAUGAUGUGCAACUCAGUGUUGAGGAAUACAGAAUUAAGCUUUAUGAGAGCAUUGUGCAGAAAAAGACAAACAUUAGAAGACAAAGAAGAGAAUUGCUUCAGAAGGAGUUGAAAGAACAAAGACAGGUAACUCAAGCUGCAGCAAAUGCUGCCAAGUCACAAAAAGAACAAGCACCCUGUAGAGCGAGUGAACCACUUAAACCAGUAGAGAACCAAGCCGCAAACAUUGCAGCUGCUCACAAUAAUACAGAUGUAAGUAGUCAAGCAAUGAAGUCACCACCAGCUAAACAAGAACCUAGUAAAAUAGUUGCAUUUGGUAGAACUACGUCUACAACACCCCCAAGAGCAACAUCAAGGAAUCUACAUGUUAGAAGAUACAGCCUUGAAAAUGAUAAUGUAAUGUCUGGUUCUAAGCCUCAAGCAGCAGGAAGGUCUAGACCAAUCUCAGCACAGAUUAAGCCGAGGAAUACUAUAAUUACAAGAGCAAGCAGCACUGAUGGCCUUCACAUUACCAGUGCUCGCUUGAUUCCUGCACAAAGACCAUCUUCAGCCAAACCACCCUACAGACCAACAAGAAAACAAGUCCAAAACCCAAUCCAACAAUCAACAUUUGGAAGCUACACUCAAACACAUGGUGUUAUUUCAAAAAGUUCUUUGCAUGCUUUGCAUUCAAGGAUAUUUUAAAUGUUUUAUAAUUAUUGAUAAAUUAAAUAUUGGUAGUUAGGAAAUUAUUUAAAGUAUUCCAUGGCUAGGUAUUCAGCUUUGGUGAUUUUAUUUUGGAGCAGCGGCAAGUUCAGAAGUAAGGACAGUCCCAAGGCAAUGGCCAUUUAUGACUGCACCUCGAAUUGCUGCUGAGUAUACUAUAAAUAUACAAAACUUUUAUCAAACUAAUUAGCUUGUACUAUUUAAUUUUCUAUCAAGGAAAUGUUCCUAUCAUGAGAAAAAAAAUGCUGUACAGGGUACAAUAUUAUAUAGAUUAGAGACAAACUUUUGUAUUAUAAAUAUGUUUUAAAUAUACAUCAAUAAAACCUAGUCUUCAAGUACAA